AUGGAUGUGACUGGCACCGAUCCUCGAACUCGAACGGGCCUUUUCCUCUGGCCAUGGGCCACCGCUGGCUAUCCCAACAUGACCUCCUCCUCCGCUACUGGGAAUGCUCAGUCCACUCCACCGCUGGGAUUAUCCUCCCCUGGUGUAGGAGGACCCUUUGAACAGGGUCUGCAACUCCAUCACCAACAUCAGCAACAGCAGCAGACACAAAAUCAACAGGACAGCUCGUUGGAAUCCUUUUACUCUCGACUACCAUAUUCCACGGGUGGUGCGGUGCCAUCUUUGCAGCAGAUGCAGCAGCAUCAGCGCCAGCAACGAGAAGCAGCAGCCGCAGCAGCAGCUGCAGUAGCUGUUUCGGAAAUGCAGGGUCAACAACAAGGAAGCGGUAGUAGACUGUCGGGUUUGGGACCGCUUUCUCAAGGUCCGCCUCCUCCGCCACCACCACCACCGCCUCCUCCCCCGCCGUUCGAUCAACGUGCAGCGCUUAUGAACGGACGUCAACAACAGCAGCCUACGAUCAAUUCAGCUAGCUCUUCUCCCCUCAACAGUAGUGCCUAUCACAAUCCCUCACUGUCUCCAAACUCCCAACAACAACAGCAGCAACAACACCAGCAAUUCCAACGACACUACUCCUCAACUGGAAGUCUUCACAACGCCGCUGGUGUUGGUGCAACAGGAUCAUCUGCUUCUCCCCUAGAUGGACGAAUUUCGUCCAGUGCCUCACCCUCGGUUAGCUCGGCUGCUCCCUCCUACUGCCUAAAACGACCCUCCAAUGAGUUUAAUUCAGCGACGGCAAUGGCGUUAGCAUUGCAGGCUGUGGCAAAGGGCGAUCGGCAAAUGCCACCACCGCCCCCUUCAUCAUCCAUGCAUAUCUCCUCCUCCUCGGCGACUUCUACGCCAACUGCGGACCAUCUACAAGGUGGUGGUGGAGGAGGAGACGUAUUUGCCUCCAUGAAUUCUACUAACUACCUCUUCCAGCCAUCAGUGUCGAAAGGACCGGGUGGUGGCAUUCAUGGACGCAAUUCUUCGGAGGCGGCUGCAAUGGCUGCGGCCAUGGCAGCGCAGGCAGCUCGGGAUGUUGCAAAUGAAAUCGUCAUGGAUCCGCGUGCUGCUGGGGCUCAUCCUCUUAGCGGUCUGCAUGCCGCUGGUGGUUUCCUACCCGACUUUCUGUCCUCCUCUUCCUCCUCUGCUGCCGCUGCAGCGGCAGCUAUGGGAGAGACUAAGUUGGAUCCCCCCGGAGGUAUCGGACUUCGUGGCGCUGUCGGUGGGGGCAUAGGACCCUUCGAUGGACCCCCAACAAUGAGUAGUGGGCUUGGGAUGAUCGAUAGUCUGCCGGGGAUUUAUGGGCACGCAGCAAAGGGCUACAAAUGCAAAAUUUGUCAGCAUCCAAUUUUGCUCAUUCCUUCAAGGCUGAAAUUUCACCGGAUGAGAGCGGUAGGGGAGGAGGAGGAGUUGGAGGAGGAAGAGGAGGAACUCGCUGAUGACAUAGAAACAUGUUUGAGCCUCGGACCUUCGGGCCCGUCUUCAGUUGCCCGCAGCUUCUGCGCCUCGCAUCUAAAGCAGGUUUUCUUCUCGAAAACGCAACUGCAACAGAUCAGCAAAUAUCUUUCAUUCUGCCAAAAUGCACAGAACUUGUCUGUUUGA